AUGGUGUCUCAGGCCGUGCAGCUUCUUCGGCAGGGCGUGUGGGCAGCGCUGACAGGAGGCUGGUACCACGACCCGGAGCUCAGCAAAUUCACUAACAGCUUCCAUCUCUAUUUAUGGCUUUUCUUCUUACUGCUGCCCAUGGCGCUGCACCUGGCAUUCCCUCCAAAUACCAUCACAGCUUUUAUCUACUGCAGUUCUGUGACUUUAUUUUUCACAAUAAUCAAGGUGGUCAGUUAUCGCCUGCAUGUUAUGUUUGACAAAGGAGAAGUAAUUCAACAGCAAGUCUCUUGGAGGGAAGAAAAGCAAAAUAAAGGCACUAAAAGACAUAAUGCAAUUCGUCAUAUAAAUCUUAGCAAUAACAUGGGGGACAAUGAUGCUUUUGAAGAGCUCAGACGUAAUGGUUCAACGCCUACUGUACACAGCAAUGUGAAAGUUCAGGCUAUACUGUCACAUCAUUCUUCAGGAAUACUGGAGUUGCCAGCACAAGAAACAAUUGAAGAUCUGAAAGGGGUAACAAUUUUAGAAGACCAGGCUGCCCAACCAAAUUCAUCUACAUCACCCUCUGUCAAAGCAGAUAUUUUAACAGCUUCUAUGGCACUUAUGUCAAGUUCUACUACAUCAGCAAUAGUGGCAAAGCCAAAUGCUAUGGAGACAUUUAUCAGUAAUACAAGCGAAAAGGAAGAGAAAAUGCAGCUUCCUGUCCGCAAUGGAGUGGAUGAUACUGCUCUUGAUAAAGGUUUGGUUAAAAAAUUGCCAAAUCUUUCCUUGUCUCAGUAUGACAUUUUAAAAACUGGCCUUUCCUUUGAACCUUGGAACAGUGAUAAUUCUGUCAUCAUUUCAGAGCACUUAAGCAACCCAAAAUGUUUUAAGAGAGAGAAAUUACUGGAUGUGUCAGCCCAAGACAGCAUUACAAGCAGUUGUCCACAGUGCAAUGUAGUAGCAGUCAAAAAGAAUGAUGGUCCUGUGGAAAGUUCUUAUGUUGAUGAUUCGGACAGUGAGAUAGCUGUGGCCUUUGUUGACAAUUCUGUUCCAGGAGAUAUGCUUCCACUUCAUGAACCAAUUAAAAUUGUUAUUACUAUGAGUAGUACCCAAAAUUCAACUAGUGAUUUGGAAAGUUCAUUCCAUCUGAAGAUGUUGAGUACUGAAAAGUCCAGUUCAAACCUGGACUCGGGCAUUGCUGCAGUGGAUCAACACAGUAUGCAUAACAAUAACGAACAAUUGAGAAUACCUGUUAUUACUUUUGAAUUAUCUGAUGAUAGCAGAGGCUAUGCUUAUCAAGAAGCAAGUGAAAGUUUAAGAACAGCAGAGAAUUUAAAUGUAGAUGCAUCAUCCAACCAAUGUUCUGGCUAUGAAUCUGGUGAGCUAGACCAUGCUGAAAAGGAAUACAGUGAUAAACCAACAAAUAGUCAUGCAGAAAUACGUAUGUCUCCAGAAAAUGUCUCUGAGGAUUUGACAAACACAACUGUACAUUUGAAAGAAAGGCAACAAAACUUGGGCCUGCCUUCUUGUAAAACUGCUCAUGAAAAGAGACAUGCUCGUGUGCUCAGUGUGGACAGUGGGACAGAUGUCCUUUUGAGUAAGAAUUCCACAGAAAUAAUCAGUGACAAGGAAAAACUUUUACCAACCUCUAAAUCUGACCUGGAAGCUAAGGAAGGACAGAUGCCAAAUGAAUCUAAUUUCUUGGAAUUCGUCUCGCUGCUGGAAUCUAUUAAUACCUCAAAGGCAUCAUCUGAUUGUAAAGCAGAAGCUGCAAAAGACAAGGCCCUGUCUGAAGAUGGCAGCACAACAGAAAAAAAGGAAGUAACCCUGGAAUCAGAACAAAACUGUGCACAUAGUUCUUUUAAGCAGGACAGUUCAGAGGCUCAGAAUCAAGAUUGUCCUGAGCCUGGCAAGAUCACUUCUCAUUACCAGGGCACCAGGCAAAGGAAGAUCAUUUACCGGGUUACUUCUCAGCAAGAUAGUUCUGUCUUGCAAGUCAUAAGUGGGCCUGAGGCUUCUCUACAAGAUGAGCUGCCAGUGGAUGCAAUGCAUGUCUUCAUAGAUGAAAAUGGAGAAAUUAGAUCCUGUUACUUAAAAGCUGGGAGCCAAAAAGAAGGACAUGUUCAAAAUCAGGCACCCAGUUGUGAGUGUAUUUCUAAUGCUCGUGAAACCCAUUUCAGCUCCUCUAGUACAACUACCUCAGAGAGCCAAGAAGCAUCAUCUGGUGAUCAUGGGCCAAGUGCACUACAACAGCAGCUCUUAUUGAUGGUAGCACGAAGAACCCUUUCUGAAACUCCACGGCAUCUUAGUGAAGACCUUGAAGAUUCCUCAUGUUCAUCAGCACAAAGAAAAAUUAAUAGACAGUUUUACAAAUUUAUUAUAUUUCCUGGCAAAUGGAUAAAAAUCUGGUAUGAUCGACUUACUUUGUUGGCACUGUUAGAUAGAACAGAAGAUAUCAAGGAGAAUGUUUUGGCUAUUCUACUAGUAAUCCUUGUUUCUUUUCUUGGCUUUUUAAUUAUGAACCAAGGUUUUUGUAAAGAUAUUUGGGUCCUCCUUUUCUGUAUUAUCAUGGCAAGUUGUCAGUAUUCCCUUCUAAAGAGUGUUCAGCCCGAUCCUGCUUCACCAAUACAUGGACACAACCAGAUCAUAACUUAUAGCAGGCCUGUGUAUUUUUGUAUACUCUGUGGUCUCAUUUUGUUGCUAGAUGCUGGAUCUAAACAUAAAACUCCAUCAAUUUAUACAGUGUAUGGCCUGAAGAUUUUCUCUCCUGGAUCACUUCAAGCAGCCAGAGAUCAUGCAAUAGGAUUUUUAUAUUGUUUUCCUGCUAUUUCUCUUCUUGGUCUUUUUCCACAAAUUAAUACUUUCUGUAUCUACCUCCUGGAACAAAUAGAUAUGCUGCUAUUUGGUGGCAGUGCUGUUGCUGGAAUGAUAUCUUCGCUCUACAGCAUUUCUCGAAGCUUUAUAGUUGUGAUAGUUCUGUAUGGAUUUUGCUUCAAUGCAGUAAAGGAUCCAUGGGAUGCUCAACAUAUCCCUGCAUUGUUUUCUGCUUUCUGUGGUCUUUUAGUUGGACUUUCUUAUCAUCUUAGUAGGCAAAGCAGUGACCCGUCUGUUUUAGUGUCUCUUAUUCAAAGUAAAUAUUUUCCUCACUUUCUACAUCAACAUUUGGAAGCUUCACAAAAUGAUCCACUUCCUGGGAAGAUGAGAGAAUCAGUGAGGGAAACCCUGAAAUCAGAUCUCAUUGUGUGCUCUGUGGCUGCUGUGCUUUCAUUCGCAAUUAGUGCCAGUACUGUUUUCUUGUCACUGCAGCCAUUUCUCAGCAUUGUGCUUUUCGCUUUAGCAUGGACUGUGGGAUUCAUAACACACUACAUACUUCCUCAGCUUCGCAAACACCAUCCAUGGUCAUGGAUUUCCCACCCUAUUCUUAAAAAUAAAGAAUAUCGGCAGAGAGACGUGACAGGUGCUGCCCAUUUGAUGUGGUUUGAAAGACUCUAUGUGUGGCUUCAAUGUUUUGAAAAAUAUAUCUUAUAUCCGGCAAUCAUAUUGAAUGCCCUAACCAAUGAUGCUUUUUCAAUCAGCAAAUACAAGAGUCUAACCCCACACUGUGAUAUAUUUCUGAUUACAAUUGCGGGAAUGAAGCUACUGCGAUCUUCAUUUUGUAAUCCCAUUCACCAGUUUGUUACAUUGAGCUUUACUAUGAUCUUCUUCCAGUAUGACUACCAAGAUAUCUCUGAGAAUUUCUUGUUGGAUUUCUUUGUGAUGUCCAUUGUGUUUAAUAAGCUGUGGGACCUACUGCAAAAAUUACAGUUCAUUAUGACUUAUAUCGCUCCUUGGCAAAUUGCUUGGGGUUCUUCUUUCCACGUAUUUGCCCAGCUCUUUGCAAUACCUCACUCUGCUAUGCUCUUCUUUCAAACUCUGGCCACUGCUGUCUUUUCUACUCCCCUGAGUCCAUUUCUAGGGAGCGUUAUUUUUAUCACCUCUUACGCCAGACCAAUGAAGUUCUGGGAAAGGAAUUACAACACAAAACGAGUUGACCAUUCAAAUACAAGACUGGUGCUUCAAAUCGAAAAGGAUGCAGGUAAUGACGAUAACAACCUCAACUCCAUCUUUUAUGAGCACUUGACAAGAUCUUUGCAGGAGUCACUUUGUGGAGAUUUGAUUCUUGGACGUUGGGGAAACUACACUUCUGGAGACUGCUUUAUUUUGGCAUCAGAUUAUUUGAAUGCCUUUGUUCACUUGAUUGAAAUAGGAAAUGGUCUGGUUACAUUCCAGCUGAGGGGGCUAGAAUUUCGAGGGACAUACUGCCAGCAAAGAGAGGUGGAAGCCAUCACAGAAGGAGAUGAGGAUAACGAAGGCUGUUUCUGCUGUAAACCGGGGCACUUGCCUCACUUGCUAUCGUGCAAUGCAGCUUUCAAUCUAAGAUGGCUGACCUGGGAAAUAACACGAACCCAUUAUAUCCUGGAAGGUUACAGCAUAAUUGAAAAUAAUGCUGCAACAAUGCUCCAAGUGUUUGACCUGCGGAGAAUACUCAUCAGAUAUUAUGUAAAGAGUAUUAUAUACUUUACUGCCAGUUCCCCCAAAAUCCUACACUGGAUAAGAGAUGAAUCAUUCCAAAAGACAUUGCAGCCUUUCUCAAAAUGGCAUUAUAUAGAACGGGACCUUGCAAUGUUCAAUAUUAACAUUGAUGAUGACUAUGUGCCCUGCCUUCAAGGAAUCACCAGAGCAAGCUUCUGCAGUGUUUACCUGGAUUGGAUUCAGUUCUGUGCUGGAAAAAGAGUGGAUCCCAUAGACUGUGAUGAAGACUCUCCUCUAGUAACUCUUUCCUUUGCGCUGUGCAUUCUGGGUAGAAGAGCUUUAGGAACAGCAUCACACAAUAUGGCCAUCAGUUUAGAUUCCUUCCUGUAUGGACUCCAUGCCUUGUUCAAAGGGGAUUUUCGACUAACGUCAAGAGAUGAGUGGGUGUUUGCAGACAUGGACUUAUUACACAAAGUAGUAGCUCCUGCAAUCAGAAUGUCCUUGAAACUUCAUCAGGACCAGUUCACCUGUCCGGAUGAAUAUGAAGAUCCUGCCAUCCUUUAUGAGGCAAUUCAGUCUUUUGAAGAAAAAGUUGUCAUUUGCCAUGAAGGAGAUCCUGCCUGGCGUAGCGCCAUCCUGUCCAACAAGGAGGAGCUACUUACUUUGAGGCAUGUGGUGGAUGAAGGGACAGAUGAAUACAAAGUCAUUAUGCUCCAUAAGAGCUACUUGAGCUUUAAAGUUAUUAAGGUUAAUAAGGAAUGUGUCCGGGGUCUCUGGGCUGGACAGCAACAGGAACUAAUCUUUUUACGCAAUCGUAACCCAGAGCGAGGCAGCAUCCAAAACAACAAACAAGUUUUGAGAAACCUGAUCAACUCUUCAUGUGACCAGCCCUUGGGAUACCCUAUGUAUGUUUCCCCUUUAACCACAUCAUACAUAGGGACUCACAGACAACUGAAGAAUGUUUGGGGAGGACCAAUUAGCCUGGACAACAUCAAAGCGUGGUUCAGAACAAAGUGGCUUAGAAUGCGGAAAGACUGUAAUGCAACCCACAAUAGUGGAGGCAACCUUGAUGAAGUUGACAGUAGAUGUGGGUCAUCUUCUAGCAACAAUCCAGCUAAUAAUUCAAGCCACAACAGCAGCUCUCAGCACACACGGAAUAGCAUGCCUCAGCUACAGUCUUCUUUACACAUUGCUCAGUUUCCAGGUAGAAGAAAAUUCCGGAGUCAGUCUGCUCAGACAUAUGCUGCUUUAAGUCAAAGACCCCCUCGUUCAAGUCAUUCUGGUCCAAUCAUAGAAAGCCAUCAGCCCUUCAUCCAAACGUCCACCUCUGCCCAUGAAAUAGCUCAAGGCCUUUCUGGCAGCCAGCUCUCUUUCCAAAAUUCAGCAACCUCUGUGUUUUCACAAACUCCUGCCAUCCCUGCCAUGGGCCAGCUCACUGUCCAAGAGAGGGCUGGUGCAAUGAUCCGGUCUAGUUUGGCCUCUUCUACCAGUUCUACACUCAGCCUCUUGUUUGGCAAGAGAAGCUUCUCAAGUGCUUUGGUCAUUUCUGGACUUUCAGCUGCUGAUGGAGGAAACACCACAGAUACCCAGUCUUCCAGCAGUGUUAACAUUGUCAUGGGCCCAUCUGCCAGAGCAGCAAGCCGUACCAUGCAGGACAGCACACGGCAAUUGUCUGACACUUGUGAAGCAACUGAUGCUACUGAAUCCAAACAGCGAAAGGAGCCGGGAGCUACACGUGCUCUUCUGAUGAGCCACACACUGGAAUGCCGAAGAGCCAGCCAAGAGGACAUGGCUUUGGAAGACACAGGUUCUCAACACAGCCUAUCGGAGGAGCAAUAGAAAUGGCACUUGCACAAGGUGUAGUGCUUUGUUCAACUGAUAACAAAACACAGCUAUCUUAGUCUCCUGGAGAAAGUUAAAUUAUUUAAAGUAAACCUCUAAAGGAUUUUUAAACAUUCAGCAAAUACAGUCUUUAAUUAAGAUGCUGACAAAUGCAGAAACAGAAGAUCCUACAAUUAGCAUUUAGUGCUGUCCAAAAAUGCAGUACAACUUCCUCUCAGGUUCUUGAAAAUUCAAAUGGGAUCUGAGAAAAAAUAAAACUCUUCUUGAUGUUCUUGAAGAAAUGCUGACGCUCUUGGGAUGGAAUUUGGAAAAGAUGUUGAGAAAGACAUGGAAGGACAGAAAGCAACAAGGAUUGAAAGCAAAUCUGAACGCAGCUCAGCGAAAAAGCACACCGACAUCUGUCUCUUGCCAUAACGAAAUAAGAUGAUUGCAUGCUAAAUAACUGGCAUUUUAUACAUAAUGCAUCAGAAAGGAUUGUUUUUAAUUGAAACGAUGAAUAUGUAAUAGAAAAAAAUUCACACUGUAAGAUUAGUAUGCUGAAUCUUUUUUUUAAAGCCGCAAUAGCUAAGCCUCCUUCUUCUGCUUGUUUGAAGUGUUAUGCAGCUGGCAAUUCUGUACAGCAGCAUUAAUCCAGAAGGUGGUCCACUGCAUGCAGCCAUGCUGAAAUAGUUUAUGAAAACGUGAGGCUCAGCAUUGCCUGGAACCAAAUAUAGCCAAUGCAUGAAAAACCUUCAUAAAGCCAAUGGUGCUCCUUAUUUGCAAAUAAAGCAGCUUUUUUUGAAAAGGUUGUAUUUAAUGCAUAACCCUACACUUUUGUUUGGCUGACAGAAAUCCAUGCCUAUUUCUGAAACCAAGAGACUUAACACAACUGUAAUGUAUUGUAUAAUCUCUCACAUUCACUCACAGACAUGUAAACUCUUUUCACUCUUUUGCAAUUAAAACUUUACAAAUACCAA